CACCGAAAAACAGAGCCGCUCAACUGCAGCGUGUAGUCAGUGCGUGUGCUGCUGUGUGUGUGUGUGUGCGCGCGCGCGCGCGCAGGCGGACAAGGGCACGGCAGCUCGGCUCCAAGUGAACACCCUCUGUCGCCUCCCAGACCUGCUGCAAACGUUUUUCUCUGAGAUAUUCACCAAAAAGAGGAAGCCACCAGAUCAGACGAAAGGCGGAAGGGUGAUCAAGUGGCCUAACGUGUCAGACUCAAGUGUUGCCUUCCCUGCACUGGGGGAUUCUGGUCUCUGCUGGUCCAAUCUGGUGUUCUGCCCAGUACUGAGGAAAGAAGCUUAUAGGGAGAAUCAGAGCCUAGGAGUGCAGAAGACCAGCCCCGCCGAUACAAUGAGCUCUGAGUGUGAAGAAGAUGGAAUUUCUAAAACAGUGGUGAAUGGCCUGACAUCAAGCAGUAAUGGGCAAGAAAAAGCAACUGAUGACCCUUUAUAUGCACGCUCUAUUUCUGCUGUUAAAAUAAUCCCUCUGAAGAAAGUGAAAAGUCCUGGCCUAGUGCUGCCUACAGACAUGGACCCAACUAAAAUCUGCACUGGGAAAGGAGCGGUGACCCUUCGGGCAACUUCAGCCUACCGAGAACCCCAAAGCACCAGUCCUUUGAUCCCUCAGGAAUCUUUGCCCACAGAAAGUCUGGAGUCAGACAAUCUCCAAGCAGAUGAGUGGCGGCUCUCCUCUGGCGAUGCUAAUGGAAACGCUCAGCCCUCUUCGCUGGCUGCUAAAGGCUACCGAAGUGUGCGACCCAACUUGCCCUCUGACAGCAAGUCUCAGCUAAAGCCUCACUUUCCCCCACACCCCCAUCACCCCCAAAAGGGAAGCUUUGCAUGGCAGCCCCCCACUGAACUUAGGAUGACCCACUUGUCAGCAGGGCCCUCAAAGGACUGUGUGUACCUGAACUCACCCAAGCCAUAUGUCUCACAGCGUACUCCUAGCCCACCGGUUUCCUCCUCACCCUCAGUGACCACCCUCACUUGGACACCAGCCUUUUCAGCCUGCCACCGGGUGGUCGGGGCACCUUCUAAAGACACACUGCAUGCUGCCCAAUUGCCUCCCGGUCGCAGCUCCCUGCUCCCCGACGCCUCGUGCCGACGCCAGAGCUGCUUGGAGUCCGCUAGGGAGGAUUCUUGCGGUAACGCCGGCACGGAUCCCCACCCUGAGAAGGGAGGGAAGAAAAAGGGUCCGUAUCCUCUGGUAAAUGAAAUCUCCUCACGCCAUACUAAGCCCGAUACGCAAAUAUCCUUCACACCUGUCAGCAAGCCUUCCUCAGCAUAUCCUUCCACGACUAUCGUUAAUCCUACCAUCGUACUUUUGCAGCACAACCGAGAACAGCAAAAACGGCUUAAUAGCCUGACAGAUUCUGCGCCAGAGAGAAGAGCUGAUGAGAAAGUAGAGUCAGCACCAAGCCGGGAAAAUCUUGUUCAGCACAGCCCCCGAGCCGAGAAGGCGGCCACAGAUGAAAGUAGAAGAACUGUUAAGAGCCCCCCGUGCCCAAGUGAUGUCUCCAUGGAUGAUGUUGGCAUCCCCCUGAGGAACACUGAGCGAUCAAAGGACUGGUACAAGACCAUGUUUAAACAGAUCCACAAGCUAAACAGAGACACUCCUGAAGAAAACCCUUAUUUCCCUACCUACAAAUUCCCUGAACUUCCUGAAAUCCAGCAAAAAACUGAAGAAGACAAUCCUUACACUCCUACCUACCAGUUUCCUGCAUCUACUCCUAGUCCUAAAUCUGAAGACGAUGAUUCGGAGCCCCACUCCCCGAGCUACUCCUAUUCUGAAGACGCAAAAUCUCACGCUUCUGUGCCUCGUUCAAAGAGUGAGAUGGAGCACAUCGAGGCAGAGAAGGUGGUGAAGCGAUCGGCUACCCUGCCUCUCCCAGCUCGCUCUUCUUCCCUGAAAUCAGGCCCCCAAAGGAAUGACUGGGAACCUCCUGACAAGAAAGUGGACACUAGAAAAUACCGGGCAGAGCCAAAAAGUAUUUAUGAAUAUCAGCCUGGCAAGUCUUCAGUUCUGGCCAAUGAAAAGAUGACUCGAGAUAUAAGCCCAGAAGAGAUAGAUUUAAAGAAUGAACCUUGGUAUAAAUUCUUUUCGGAAUUGGAGUUUGGGAAACCGCCAUUUGUUAAUAUGCCUCCAAAAAAGAUAUGGGAUUAUACUCCUGGAGACUGCUCUAUCCUUACUAGAGAGGAUAGAAAGACUGAUCUAGAAAGAGAUAUCAACCUCUACCAGGCUGAGUUAGAGGCAGAUUUAGAAAAAAUGGAGAAGUAUAAUAAAGCGCCUGAUAAGCUAUGGAAGAAUACAGCAGUCAACCCCCCUCUGGAAACAUCGCCCGAGCAUCUGUCCUACUCCUAUUCACCCACCUUCCAUGCAGUAAGAAGAGAGCCAGAUGUGGCUGGAGGGGAUCCCACUGGUCUGGAGAAUGAGAGGCAGAUAUAUAAAAGUGUUUUGGAAGGAGGAGACAUUCCUCUGCAAGGAUUAAGUGGUCUCAAGCGACCAUCCAGCUCUGCUUCCACCAAAGUGGACCAUAAAGGUGGGAAUGCUCAUAUGAUUUCACCUUCUUCAAUUAAUAGCCGAACGUUCAAUGCUAGUAACGUGUUAGGCCCUACGUGUAAACAUAAGAAGCCCCUGUCCGCUGCAAAAGCCUGCAUUUCUGAAAUCCUUCCUUCCAAAUUCAAGCCUAAGCUCUCCGCUCCAAACGCUCUUUUUCCAGACCAGAAGGGCCCCCUUUUGCCCCAGGAGAAGGCUCAGAGCUGUGAAAAUCUGUGUAGCUCCGUUGCUCUGUUUGCUCACAAAGGAGGAGAUAGCCUGGAGAACCUGCUCAUGAGGUCGGGGGGCGACUACGGUGCCAAAUCCAGCAGCACCUUGAGCCUGCAGGAGUACGGAGCAGGGGGCAGAAAGUGCUGCGCCCUUUCCCGAAGGGGCAGGUCGGAGUUCACAGUGCUCUACAGGAACAUGCACCAGAUCAACCGGUCGGGACUCCAGCGGGCCGCUUCCUCCAGCGUCCGAGACCUGGCCUCCCACUUCGAGAGCAGCGGCCCGGAAGGGCCCGGGGGAGAGGCGAACCCCAGCCAGGAGGGCUCGGACCACAUCCCGAAGCACACCGUCUCGUCCCGGAUCACCGCCUACGAGCAGCUGAUCCAGCGGUCCCGCUCCAUGCCGUCCCUCCACCUGUCCGGCCGGCUGAGCAGAUCCCCCGCGCCCCUGCUCUCUCGACACUGCCUGGGCGCCGCGCGCUCGGCCGAAUCCCUCCUGGAGACCCCCGGACUCCACCCGGCGAAGAGAGCGGCGUCGACGCCGGGCCGGUCGGUGGGCUGGGCCUCGCCGUCCCGUGGCGCCUCGGAGGACCCGGCCUGGGUCCUCUCGGAGCCCCCCUCGGCCUGCUCGGAUGACUUCGACCAUUUCUCGACCGUGUCCACGGACAGCGGGGAGGGCGGCGGCCACGGCGGCACCCGGAGACACCGACUCAACAAGUGCAAGGGCAGCUGCCCGGCAUCCUACACCCGCUUCACCACGAUCCGCAAGCAUGAGCAGCAGCAGCAGCCGCCGACCCAGGCCUCCCGCAACUCCGAGCGGAGAGCGGCCCCGGGGGACAGGAACGCGCUCCUCAGGAACAUCUACCUGAUCAGCCCCUUGCCUUUCCGGGUGAAAAAGCCCCUCCAGCACCACUACCCGAAGCCUGUGCCCGGUGACCCCGCCGGCCUCCCGGCGGGGCCGAGGGCCGAGAGCCGGCGCCACUCGGUGCCCCAGAGGGGCAGUCUCAGGAACGUCGGUCACCCCCGCCGGCUCCGGUCCCCAGAAGGGAAGCCUUCAGUUCCCCGCCGUCAGUCGUCCCUCCGGGCCGUGGAGAGGCUGGACUGCCCCCCAGGCCCGGAGACCGGCCGGGAGAGGCCUCGUGUCCCCGAAGAAUAUCCAGAUCCCUGUCGUAACGGGAACGCCAUCCCUUGUUCCUAUCGCAGCUUGGAUAGAAAUAACAACCUGCAGAAUGAAUUUGGAACAAACCACGGAGGUGGCUUUUUGGUAGAUUCAGAAUCACCAAGGCAUUUUACACCAGCUGACUAUAUGGAAUCUCCUGAAGAAUUUAUUCGCAGGCGUCAUGAUGAUAAAGAGAAACUUUUAGCGGACCAGAGACGACUUAAGCGAGAACAAGAAGAGGCCGAUAUUGCAGCUAGAAGGCACACGGGGGUUAUUCCAACACACCAUCAGUUUAUCACUAAUGAACGCUUUGGAGACCUCCUAAAUGUAGACGAUACUGCAAAGAGGAAAUCUGGGUCAGAGAUGAGACCUGCGAGAGCCAGGUUUGACUUUAAAGCGCAAACUCUAAAGGAACUUCCUCUGCAGAAAGGAGAUAUCGUUUACAUUUAUAAGCAGAUCGACCAGAACUGGUACGAAGGAGAGCAUCAUGGGCGAGUGGGGAUCUUUCCACGUUCAUAUGUAGAGCAUCUUCCUCCAGCUGAGAAGGCUCAACCGAAAAAAUUGCCUCCAGUGCAGGUUUUGGAAUACGGAGAUGCUAUUGCCAAGUUUAACUUUAAUGGGGAUACUCAAGUGGAAAUGUCCUUCAGAAAGGGUGAGAGGAUUAUGUUGAUUCGACAAGUCGAUGAGAACUGGUAUGAAGGGAAAAUCGGCGGCACCGGCCGCCAAGGAAUCUUUCCCAUCACAUAUGUGGAAGUGAUCAAACGGCCACUGGUGAAGAACCCCAUUGAGUACAUCGAGAUGCCAAUGUCCUAUUCCCCAAGUCGCAGUUCAACUGCCUCCCCUCAGUUUCCCAGUCAUGACACGCUCCACAAACCAGUCUGCCCAGCUCUGCCUAGCUCCCACCAGGUACUGUCUCCCGAGGUGCAAGCCAUAACCUCCGAGUGGAUUUCCCUGACUAUGGGGGUGCCUGGGAGACGCACCCCAACCGUAACCCCACCGUUGCCUCCUCUGCCAGACGUCUCCUUGGGUCACGCUGACUACCUCGCCAGUCCCUCCCCCUCGGUCAGCCGUCCCCACUCGAGCCUCUCGGGGCCCUCGACUCCGGGGUCGGUCUUCACGCCCCUGCCGCUUCCCCCUCCCAGACCACAUUCCUCGGCUCAGAACGUCCGUCCCUCCACCCUUUUUCGGAGCGAGGAUCGCGCUGUCCACUCACCGACUCCCGGUGGCAGGCAGCGCGCCUUCUCCCAGCCCCGGCUCGAGAACGCCGAUAGGAUGAUCUCUGAGCUUAGCGACGCCAUUAGCGGCCAAGCCAAGCUCCAGCAGUGGAGAGAAGGAAGCAGCCGGUGUGUGACAGAGGGUAACAGAGGGGCAGGGGCCGGGGGGCUUGGCAGCCCUGAGAUCUCUGUGAAGAGCUGUGUGAAACCGUCAGACCUGGCCAAGUGCAUCAUUAGCCCAGAACAGAGGCUCCCCGAGAACACCCUCGAGGAAGCCCGCCCCAUUCAAGGAAAUUGGGCUGAGCAAACAGAUUUGAGCAGAGGUGAUGUGAAAGAUGCUCAGAGUGGUGUCAGACAGCCUUCUCAUCAUUCAUUGAGCACAGGACCAGAUCUCACAGAGUCUGAAAAGAGCUAUGUGGAAGCCGUUUGCAAUGAGAUCAUAAACAUUGCCGAAAAGUCUGUUCAUUACUGCAGUACUGUUUCUCAUCCUCUUGACUUUCAUCACAAGGUGUCCCCUACUGACAAUAAACAAUCUCUAAUCAUUUCUCAGCAACCCCAAGCCCAGCAGCGAAGAACCACCCCCGACAGGAGUCACACUCCCCAAGAUGUAUUUAGCUACCAAGCCUUAUAUAGCUAUAUUCCUCAGAAUGAUGAUGAGUUGGAACUCCGGGAUGGAGAUAUUGUUGAUGUCAUGGAAAAAUGUGAUGACGGCUGGUUUGUCGGCACUUCCAGAAGAACAAGGCAAUUUGGUACUUUCCCAGGAAACUACGUGAAACCUCUGUAUUUAUAAAAUGCUUAAGAACCGACCAAGAUUGUGUUACUGAAGGAUGAAGUAUAAGUCAUGAGUGGAUUUCUUUACUCUACCGGCGGACUCGGAAAUUGUUGGAUGUAAAAGUUGAAGUAAGACAUGUGAAGGAGUUGGGGUGAUGUAGUACAGUGUUGUGUUUAUUGAACCUGAGGACUUGUCUGUUUAAUACUGGAGAGGCAAGAUUUUAUUAGCUGAACAGACGCAGGAAGUGGUUUGCUAAUCGACUUUGCCAUCGGAGGACCCUCCGCUGCCCGUCUACUUCCCCACCUGGAACUGAUGUCAAGUCAAAUUCAGGGGGGCAAGUGGCCAGCUGUUCCCCUCCCCAAAUUGCCGCUGGGGCUGGUUCAGUCCCCGCCGAGGCCCAGAGCAGUGGGGCUAUGGGAUGGAUCCAGGAGCUCCCCGUGGCUCUCUCUCUUUCCAGGGAGCUGGUCCCAGGCCCCUCUGGGAGUCCCGGCCUCUUUCUGGUUCGGCCCGGGCUCCGACUCGGCCGGCCCUCGCCUCGUUUUUCGAAGUCGUGAAUCCGUUUGGUUCCUGGCUCUUCCGGGCCUCAUUUUCCAUAGCCCGAGGGCUCCGACAAUGAAGCUCAGUAUCAGCGCGGGAGACAAGUUGGCUGAAGUUGUUGAAGGAACAGAAUGUGUUGGACUCGGGUGGGAGAAAAGGCAGAGGUUUCUGUAGCUCCUGGGAUAGCGUGCAGUCUGUCCCUUUCCAUUUUGACGGAGUCCUUUUUUGACGGCUCCCAAAGAGAACGCUACCCAGUGGGAUGGGAAGUCCAUUAGAAAGGUUUCCUUUGCGAUGUGCACUUUAAAGUGCCGUGAUGCAAAGCUCUGCAGGUGGAAACCGGCUCAUUUCAAAUAAGAGGGGAGUAUCCUUUGGCAGGCGGCUUAAAAUUGUGUGUCCAUCUGGAGUAAUCCAUCCGAAAACACACUGGUCAGGUGUAGUCCGAAAGGGUGGCAAACGGGGCCGAUACCUUGUGAUAUCCAGGCCCGGGGGCAGCUUUUAGCUCUCGCCGCGUGCCGGAAUGUCAGAGACAGUGGCCGUACGCGAGGAUCCUGGGGAUGCCGAUCCAAGUAUUGGGUCUAGUGUGGGCGCCGAGACAGCGGCUUACUCCUGUGAGUGCUCAAAGGGAGGCUGGGAGUGCCCGCUGUCGGGAAGGCACACCCUUGGGGAUGAACAGUGUUACUUGAACGUGCGAGGGCCGCCCACCAGUCCCGCCCGUGUCCAGCAUUUCCUGGGAAUUCCAAGUUUCCACUGUCCCACCGCCACAGGGACACCCCACCGUUUCUACCGUCCGAAAGGCUGCCAACGCCAACCCAGUCGCGGCUAAAAUUUGGCUUUGCAUCUCUCUCUGCGGAGGGAUGGAGUGUCUCUCUUUGCUAGGGGAUCAGAGUGUGUGUAUGUGUGUGCGUGCGUGUGUGUGUACAUUUCAGCACUACAGGACUGCACUCAAUUUGAAGUGUCACCUUGCAUUCAACGUUUUCCCUUGUUUUUUUGAUUCGAACUGUUAUUGACAAAAUAUGAUUGACAUGGGGUUUUUUUGGGGGGGGGGGUGCUUCUUGAUUAAGUAAUUUUGAUCACCUCUGAAUACAGCUAGAAAAUCAAACCAAUUUGUAAAGCUACAUUUCCAUGUACUGCCAGCUACAUAUAUUUGUACAUCUUUAGAACAACUGGCUUGUCACAUCUGCCCAUAAUCAAAAACAGUGCUGUUUGAUAUGAAAAAAAAAUCAACCUUAGAAACUUGCAUUAAACUUCUUGCUUCCUUUGUGUUACGAACAAGUAGCAAAAGUUUCCAGUUGCUAUUUUGUCAUAAGACAUUUAGUAAUAUAAAUUCCUAUUUUUAUGCUGAUGUGUUUAUACAGGUUUAUUAACAGCAAGUACAACUAACUGAUAGCAUGACUUGCAAUACAUUUUGAUAUUUUAGCCAUGCUCCUGAGUCUAAAGGAAAAAGAAAAAUACUUAUCUUUGACAGUCUCUCUGAGAUCAGUGAAAGAGAAGAAAUUGGGUACUUCAGAAGUGGGACUGUAAAUAUGUAUAUUUAACUGUGUAUAGACCAUGUACCUACCUUGUAUAGAAAAAUAAUUUAAACAGUUUGAAAGGAAAUGAAAGGCAGUUCUGAAGUUUUUUGCAUUUUUAUUUAAAUGAAGGAACUCUGCGUUAUUUCACAAGAAGACUUUUAGCACAAGCUAUCCAUUACUAAAUGGCUGCGGAUUUUACAGUAUCACUAUUUGUGGGGGUGAGGGUGAGGUGACCCUAAUCUUCCUAUGUUUUCUUUUUCUGUUUUUCUUUUGCAUUCCUGUUUUCUACAGUAAUGGUCAGUCCUGUUAGAAUGGGUUAAUUCGCAUUAAAACUCUGAAAGAAAUAGCGAUACUGGCUUUAUUAUAACCGAGUAAUUUUAAGCCUUGCCAUUUAAAUUACACACACGGCGCAUCUAUGUAUACACACACAGAUUUAUUGUUCAUUUACUUUUCUUAUUGCAGUGGAUUAUGAUUUGACAAUAAAUAGAAAGGUUGAAUUACUACUGUUUCUUGUACAUAUUAUUUAAUAAACCUUAUUCAGAGUU